AUGGACAGCGAAACGAAACCAACUUUCAGCAAGUCCACAGGCCUUCCUCGUAAGAAAUUCUUCAGGGCAAGAGCUCAUAGCAACCCACUCAGCGACUCACACUUCCCCAUCCCCAUCUCUCCCUCUCACGUCGACCUUUCACUCCACUUCCCCAAAGCCUCCUCCAAGAAGACUGAGUUUGCAGACAUCGGAUGCGGCUUCGGCGGCCUUCUUAUCUCCCUCGCAACUCUCUUCCCCGAGACCCUGAUGAUUGGUAUGGAGCUGAGAGAUAAAGUGACGGAAUACGUCAAGGAACGGAUCUUAGCCCUGAGGAAGACGAGCUCUGGAGGGGGAGAGUACGAGAACAUCUCCGUCGUUAGGACAAACUCGAUGAAGUACGUUCCUAACUACUUCGAGAAAGGACAGCUUUCGAAGAUGUUUUUUCUUUUUCCCGAUCCGCAUUUCAAGGAGAAGAAUCACAGGAGGAGAGUGAUUAGCGUUGAUUUGCUUGAUGGGUAUGCUUACGUUCCUAAUUACUUCGAGAAAGGACAGCUUUCGAAAACAACACAAUAUGUAUAA